UCUUCAACGUCGUAGACGAAGAAAAGGCACAAGGCAACAAACUGGCGACAGCCACUGGAACCACGGAUCAGACUAGCCAUUGCUUUGUGGUGGUUUGCUAGCACAUGCGAAUACAGAUGUGUUAGCUCUAUGUUUGGCGUCGGUAUCAGCACUGUAUGUAUUGUGGUGCGGGAAGUUAGUGCCAUCCUGAAGAUGGCUCUCUGCCACUUUGUAAGCAUGCCGAGUGGCGCACGUCUUCAGGAGACAAUCGAUGGAUUUGCUGAACGGGGCUAUCCGAUGUGUGCAGGUGCCAUCGAUGGUACACAUAUUCCCAUUAUUGCCCCCAGGAACGACCCAAACUCCUACUACAACCGCAAGGGCUGGCACUCCGUUGUUCUCCAAGCUGUCAUCGACCACAACUGCUGCUUCACAGACUUGUACGUGGGUUGGCCUGGUCGCACACACGAUGCUCGAAUUUUGGCCAACUCGCCCAUCUUCAUAAAGGCUGAACAAGACGGCUACCUCUUCCCAUGUGAAGCAUCCCAAACUGUUGGUGAUGUAGAGAUCCCUGUUCAUAUAAUUGGAGACCCUGCAUAUCCACUCAGGAAAUGGCUGAUGAAAGGCUUCACGAACCACCACGCACUCGAUCAGCAGCAGCGGAAGUUUAACUACCGUUUGAGUUCAGCGAGGAUGGUAGUGGAAAAUGCCUUCGGACGCCUCAAAGGUCGUUGGAGGUGCCUGUCCAAGCGACUCGACGUUGCCACUGCUUCCGUAUCUGACGUUGUUCUUGCUUGUUGUGUUCUUCACAACAUUUGUGAGCUCAAUAAAGAAAAUUUUUUACCGGAGUGGAACAUUGAACAAGUCAUCCGCCCUGGGCCAGACCAUCAUUUUGCUCCACCAGGUGCACAGGCACAGGCUAUCCGGGAAGCAAUUAUGUCAAUUCUGUAAAUGUUUGCAUUUGUGUGUGAUGCUUUAGUAUUAAAUAUUGCUGUGAUUGUGAUUGUAAAUAAAGACAUUGAUGAUACAGACCUACGUGAUGAUUCCUGAGUGAAGGUCUUUAGGCUAUAUUAGCAAAUAGGCCUAUGCAAUGUAGCUAUUUACACGUCAGCACAUACAGCCUAUACAUGCCA